CAUACAGUUAAAUGGAUCACAAUUAAAUUAUUUUGUUGUUUUAAUAUAUGAUUUUAUAUUCUAUUACUAAAAUACUGACAUUUCUUACAUAUGUAAAUACUGGCCCAACUAGUAGGCAUCGAAAAACACGUUUGCGUUUGAGCGCCAUCUACUGUUCAAUUUUAGCUGUGUAGUUUCACAAACUACUUCACUGGUGAGCUACGAUCAAUUUCUCAAACGCAGAACGCUCCAGUAUCAGAGAGAUAGAAACUUAAGGACUUAUAAUUUUGUAUCUACAUGCAGUGGAAAAUUAGAAGUGAAUAUUUAAGGGGCUCAGGACCCAGCUGUUUGUGGAUCUGCUGAAUCUCGUGUAUUCAGUAGGUUACAGUGCCUAUUAUAUACUAUUUCCUAUGUGCAACGCUAGUGAAUGAUCUCAGAGAAGCAGUCAGACUCCCAUGUAUAUUCUUCAUGAUCAAAAGGUGAGUCACAAACACACCUGUUAUGCACACAAACACAGCACGUUCAGGAUCAAACAGGUGCGCAACGUUUUGGUUACAUGUUUCCUGGAAAAGGUGUGCAACGGGGUUUGUUUGAGACAGCCAGAGAGACUAGCCCUGUUUUGCACACGUCUCGAGAAAGGAAACACUUCUCAGUUGAGAGAAAUCGAAACUUAAGUGUUGUUCAGCCGUUGUCUAGCUGUGUCUGUGUGCUCGUGCUGUGAAAUGGCAGAAACCCGUAUUUCAGUAGCCGAAGAUCAGUUCAGCUGUUCAGUCUGUCUGGAUCUACUAAAGGAUCCAGUGACCAUCCCCUGUGGACACAGUUACUGCAUGAGCUGCAUUACAGACUGCUGGAAUCAAGAUGAUCAGACGAGAGUUUACACCUGCCCUCAGUGCAGACAGAUCUUCACUCCAAGACCUGCUGUAAACAAAAAUGUGAUGCUGGCUGAAAUGGUGGAAAAUCUGGAGAAGAAAAAGGUCAAAACAGCUCGAUCUGCUCUCAGUUAUGCUGGACCUGGAGAUGUGGGGUGUGACUUCUGUCCUGGAAGGAAACGCAAAGCUGUGAAGUCCUGUCUGGAGUGCCUGAACUCUUACUGUCAACAUCACUUUAAGUGUCAUGCAAAAUCUCCUUUAAAGAAACGACACAAAGUGACUGAUGCCACUGGACGACUGCAGGAGAUGAUCUGCCCUCAACACAGCAGACUGCUGGAGGUUUUUUGUCGUACUGACCAGCGAUGUAUUUGUUUGAUGUGUACGAUGGAUGAACACAAAAAUCAUGAUACUGUUUCAGCUGAAGCAGAGAGGACAGAGAAACAGAAACAGGUUGCAGAGACAGUAAUAUUACUACAGAAGAGAAUUCCAGAGCGGCAAACAAAGCUCCAGGAGCUGAGAGAAUCUGUUCAGACUCACAGGCAUUCUGCUUAUGCGACAGUUGAGGACAGUGAGAGGAUCUUUACUGAACUGAUCCGCUCCAUUGUGAGAAGCCGAUCUGAGGUGACACAGAUAAUCAGAGAUCUGGAAAAAGCUGAAGUGAGUCGAGCUGAAGAAGACUUGAAUCACCUGGACCAGGAGAUUGAUGAUCUGAGGAGGAGAGAAGCAGAGCUGGAGCAGCUUUCACACACAGACAAUCACAUCCAUUUCCUACAGAGUUUCCAGUCUUUUUCUGUCCCUCCUGCAUCUACAGAUGACGCUGUCCGUUCUGGCUUGUCUUAUGAUGACGUGAGAAGCUCUGUCUCAGAGUUGAGCAGUAAACUUGAGAAUUUCUGCAAAGAGAAGAUAAAAAAUUUAUCUGAUAAAGUUCAGUACAUUCAAUCCUGCCUCACCACUGAACCCACAACAAGGGAAGGCUUCUUACAUUAUUCCCAUCAGUUUACUCUGGAUUCAGAGUCAGUGCAUAAAAGCCUCUGUCUGUCUGAGGGGAACAGAGUGGCUACUCGCACUGCAACAGUCCAACUGUAUCCUGAUCAUCCGGACAGAUUUGAUGCUUGGCCUCAGGUGUUGUGUAGAGAGAGUGUGUGUGGACGCUGUUACUGGGAGGUGGAGUGGAGCGGGACGUGUGGUGUGGGAAUGUCAGUGUCAUAUAAGACUAUCAGCAAGAAGGGUGGGGGGAAUGAGUGUAAAUUUGGAUGUAAUGAUCAGUCCUGGAGAUUGUUUCUCUGUCCCUCUUUGUACAUAAUUAGUCACAAUAACAUUAAAUCUGGAGUCCCUGUAAUCUCCAGAUGUUCUAGAAUAGGAGUGUAUGUGGAUCACAGUGCAGGAAUUCUGUCCUUCUACAGCGUCUCUGACACAAUGACCCUCAUUCACAGAUUCCAGACCACAUUCACUCAACCGCUCUAUCCGGGGUUUGUUGUAAAUCCGGACACAUCAGUGAAACUGUGUCAUCUAGAAGUGUAGCUUCUACAAAUCAUCACAAUCAUAUGACAGAGUCACUUAUGGAGUCAGAUUAAGUUAAUAAUGAUUGUGUAUACAUAUUAUUUUUACACUGCAAUUAAUGACAGUAACAUCAUAUCAGUACCUGGCAGGCUGUCAUUUAGCAUUUUUAUGUAAAUCAUUUUAACAUUAAAUAUUACAAGUAACUUAAUUUCUCCAUUUCACAUCAGCUAUAUGAAAGAUUUUAAAUCAUUGUCAUUAAAUACUUUUUAGACUGAUAAAUAUUUUUUUUUUACAUUGCACUUAAAAAAAACACACUUGGAACAUUUUCACUGAUAAUGCUCUGGAUUUAAUAAAUGACAAAAAAAAAUUAUUGUCUAGAAAUAUACUGUACCUGCACUCUGAAAUAUUGUAGGCUAAUAUAAAUGUGAAUAAAAUUAAAUCUAUAUUAUUUUGA